GAGGAACGCACGUGAAAAGCAGAGAGACUUAUGCUUAACAUUGUUUACAUUAAUACUGAUUAUUUAUAACAGUAAAUAAUUCAUAAAAAUGGUUGAUUUGGAGGAGGAUUCGAUGUUGGGGAUGGAAUCUGAGGAGGACGACUCUGGGUUAUCUGAUGGCGAGCUUCAAGAGGCUUUUGCCCAAGGGCUCCUCAAACCAGGCAUGAACAUUCCUCUGGAUGCACCUAAAAAGGCCGUAAACAAUGUGGAGGGUUUGAAGAAAUGCUUGGCCGAGUUCAGGAAAAAAUUGCCCUGGGUGGAGAGGCUGGACCUCACCAACCACCCAGCCGCUGAUAUCGUCGCCAAGGCAGAAGGAAAGCUGGAACCAAACCAGGGUCCUGAUGAGAUCAACGCCGAGGAUGAUUUUCAAAGGGAAAUGUAUUUCUAUCGACAGGCCCAGGCGACCGUCCUGGAGGCUCUGCCUAAGUUACAGAAGCUGCAGAUUUUAUCCAAGAGGCCGGACGAUUACUUUGCAGAGAUGGCCAAAUCGGAUCAGCAAAUGCAGAAGAUCAGGAAGAAGCUCAUCCAGAAGCAAAUGGUGAUGGAGAAAUCCGAGAAGGCCAAGAAGCUGAGAGAACAGAGGAAGUACGGCAAGAAGGUCCAGGUCGAGGUUCUACAGAAGAGACAGAAGGAGAAGAAGGCCAUGAUGACGGCAGUGAAGAAAUACCAGAAAGGUAUGACUGACAAGCUGGACUUCCUGGAAGGAGACGAGCUGACAAAGAAGGUGGCGGAUAAAUCCAAGCCACAUCUGAACAAAAAAGGCCCGAAUGCCAAGAGAAAGUACAAGGAUAAGAAGUUUGGCUUCGGGGGCAAGAAGAAGGGCGGCAAGUGGAACACCAAGGAGAGCCACAACGACGUGUCGGGUUUCAAAUCCAAAGUAGCGAACGGGAAAACGGGCAAGAAGUUCAGUAAAGGAGGAAAGAACAAGCGGCCGGGAAAGGAGGCGCGGCGUAAAAUUAAGUCGCGGAAGUGAAAACCUCACCUCAGGAUCUGACUGGACGUGACUAAGUGGACUUCAUGAGCUUCUGUGUUGGCACAACUGGUGUUUAUACACUGUGUGCACCGUGUGCCAGUUUCCUCGGUAAAGGACUUUGGCUGGUGGCUCAUGAAAUACUUUUGUGACUUAUUUUUACCACGUGUCUUUUUUUCUCCUGUUGAAUCUUUUCUGUCCCAAAUUUUAGAAGCGUGUUCACACUGGGCGCAUUUAUAAGGGGGAUGGAAACCACCGCCGGAGCCACAGUUACCAUUAAAGCCCUGGUGAUGCUCGCCACCCUCUUUUAUAUUUAUAUAUAUAUAUAUAUAUAUAUAUAUAUUAUAUCAAUUAUAUUUAUCAAUUAUCAGACAGAAAACCCAGAUAUGCAGAGUAAUCAGAGUUUGUUCUUAAAAUGUGUUGUGUUUGCCUUUAAAAUACUUCAAACACAGUCCACCAGCAUUUGGUGGUUGGGCAGUGAAAGGCCUCCAUCAUAAACUCACCCUUGGUAAUUUUAGGCAUUUUGGGAAACGUCCCAACACUUUUUAUAGCCAUCAGUCCAUCAUGUUUAUACGGUGUUACUCCUCUGGUACAGAAGCUGUUUUAUUACCUGAAAUAAAGCAUUCGAGUUUCUACUUGUUAA